AUGAAGUCACAACUAGUCCGUCUGACAACGCUUGCAGCUCGGCGCAGUCUGUCCACUGCCACAGGAGCAACGGAAAUCACUGAAAAGGGCCUCGUCUUCGACAUCAAGCCGGUGAAGUUCACCCCCACCGAGGGAAAGACCUACUUCUGGUGCAGCUGCGGAGAGAGUAAGAAGCAGCCAUUCUGCGACGGCACCCACAAGCGCCCUGACAUCAAGCUGCGCCCGGUCAAGUGGGAGUGCACCGAAGUUAAGCCGUACUUCAUCUGCAACUGCAAGCAGACGAACAGGGCGCCCUUCUGCGAUGCGACGCACAAGAGGGCCGAGGUGCUGAAGGCCUUCGAGGAGCAGCAGCAGAAGGAGCAGAAGGAUGAUAAGGGUGAAAAGGCUCCCGAGACGCCGAAAUGA